UGAGAUAAUGAGUGAACUAAUAAAUACAAAUGACAGAUAAUAAUUAAUCAAUGAAGUCGUUAACACAGAGAAAGUUGGACAAAAAAUAAAUCCAUCAUUUCUCUCACAAAUGAUCCAAACUUUGCCUCCACACCGAGAGAGGGAGUGCACGGCCAGACUCUGACUCCGUCCGCCUUCACCGGAGCAAAGGGGCGACUGUCGGCGCGCAGACGUCUGCCCGUGAGCGUCAGUCAUCUGGAGAGCUGGUGACCAUGCAGGUGGAAAGAACACCCCUGAAAGUAAACAGAUAAAUAGGGUGGAACCACGGGGGCUGCGGCGGCAGAUAACGGCUCCACGCAGCACCCGUCAGCAAGAUUUACUGCCCCGCCGGCGUUGGAUGUGGUGGCGGUGGGUUAUUAACGUGUCAUAAAGAAGCAGGAGGGGGAUUGUGUGUUGCAGGGGGACAAGAGUGAAAGAAUCGAGAGGGGGAGAGUGUGUGUGAGAGAGAGAGAGAGAGGGGAGUAGAUAAAGCCGAAACCAUGAGCUCCGCGCUGCCAUACAACUCGCUGUCAGCUCGACCGAGUCCCAGCAGACGAGCCUUGGACUGGGAGCGUGAGCAGUUAGCCGUGCGAAGACUGUCCUCUCCUCGGGGUCUUGACCUGCUUACUCCUCCUCCUCCUCCUCCUCCUCUUCCUCGUCGACCCUCUGCCAUCCCUGGCUACCUGUUGUCACCAUACCAAGAGCAGGAGGGGCAGCUCCAGCAGCAGCAGCAGCGUCUUUCCUUGUCCGUGUGCUCAGAGGCCUCCCUGGCGCCCCCUCCACCUCCACCUGUGGUUGCUGCCCCGCCCUGCUGCCGCCCAGUGGGAGUCAUGCACCUCCUGCGCCUGGGUCUCCUGGCCUUCAGCUGCCUCUUCUGGGCGGCCGGCUUGGCCCUCUUCACCUUGGGCGUGUGGGCUCAAAUCUCACUGGCAGACUACAUGCUGCUGUCUGCCAAUCGCUACCCAAACGCUCCACUCAUCCUUCUGUCCACAGGUGCCGCCGUCACCACCUGGGGUUUCCUGGGUUGUCUGGGUGUUGCUGCAAACCUGCCCUGCGUGCUGAGGGCAUAUGGGUUCUUUCAGCUUGCUGCACUCAUAGCCGGUUUGGCAGCCGGACUCUCGGGCCUCUUCUACCGUGAAGAUAUUGCCGGAGGAUUUCGCAGUGGCUUAUUGCGAGCGGUGGCCGGCUACACAGAGGACGAAGGCCGUGCCGAUGCCCUAGACAGCCUGCAGAGGGCCCUGGAGUGUUGUGGAGCUGAGGGUUGGCGUGACUGGCUCACGUCAGAUUGGGCCUCCCAGCAUAUGAUCUUCCUGCCAAAUGAGAACGGCACCUCGGUGUCCCUGCCGGACAGCUGCUGUAUCAAGCGCAAGGGUUGCAAGAAUCGACCGCUUGUGACAGACGACGGCGAGGGAGUCGGUUCUGCAGGAAUCCAUCCACACGGCUGCUUCCGCAAAGUCUUCAGUUUGGUCAACGACAACGUCUUCCAUAUUGCAGCCACUGUGUUGGGAUUAGCCUUCACCCAGAUUGGAGGCAUUGCCCUGGCUUGUCUGCUUGCCAACAAACUAGCGCCGAGGCAACAUCGUCGUGUCGUGGCACAUUAGUGGACUGACCUAACUGUAAAUGAUUACGAUUGAUGAAUGACCACCACCUUCUAAGAGUAAUAGAGUUGCAAAGUUGGAGGAGUUGUUUGGGGGCAUCUAGGACAACUUGGGGCAAUAGUUCUGUUUAUUAUCUGACAUCUGUAAAUGACUGUCUUUGGUUCUGGGUGGUGGAGGAAACUCCUCACACUUUGCAGCUCUUGGACACUCGCGGUUUGCAUGUCUCUCUUUUCUAAUGUUAAAAAAAAAACCAAGUAUUGAUUUAAAUGACCACGAUGGAAAGACAGCUACAGUGGACCACGGUCUAUAAGUACGCUUUCUUGGAGCCAUCCUAUUGUCUUAUUGUCAUCUCAAAAACUAUGGGUUUGAGCUCAAAGACAUUAGUCACGUUCUUGUGGUCUCAUAGUUUGGACUUGCAUCAUCUUAGCAUCCAUAGGUGUUGAGGUGCAGUCAGGUGCAUGUUGUUGGCGCAGAGUUAUCCUGCUCUCAGUUCUUUAUUAUCGAGAUCGUAACAUGGAGUUCAAUGCUCACACAUUCUGCCUUAUACACAACUCUCCAACACCUGCUUCACCUCAGGGAUCCUGCUGAUGUCUUAUAUGAUUCAUGGCUUUCAUUUCAUCUGAGUAUUUUUAUGCUUUUCUUUCUUUCAUACUACAAAUCUGCCAUUAUAGAUAGAUAUAUAUAUAUAUACUGUAGGUAUAUCCACUUACCUACAGUGUAUUACCUACAGUGCAUUUGCAGGCACGCAAGUCUUUACAGAAGGAGGAGAUGUUCUAUUCUUUUUCUGUAUGAUUUAGAUCCAGAAAUAUGUAAAUACUGGCAUGAAUGUAUAAUGUUUAUAUGGAGAGGGUUUUUCCUCAUGUAAUAGAUGUUUCUCUCUCCACUGAAUGCACAGGAAUGUUCACCAGCAGAUGUUUAGUCUGGCUGUGUUCAGCAGGUGUUUGUUCACUUUUUCCUUCAUAAGAACUUCACUUUGCUCGAGUGCUGCUGUAGAUACAAGGCUUAUUAUGGUCUGUGCUCAGGUUUUCUUUCAUUGUUCAGCUUGAGUUUAUAAUCUCUGAAGCACAAGCUUAACUUACCUAAUUGUUAUGAAUGAUGUGUCCCAAUCCCAUUAGCAGGAACCGUAGCAUUAGCCAGCCAUUAGCAACUUCCUUGAAUUUCUUUAUCAAAAAAAACGUCCGUUCAAAGUAAGUGGUCGACAUACAGGGAGAAUUAUUCUGCUAAUGUUUUGUUGAAGGUUAAAUUUAAUGUUUGAAGCUAAAGGUGUUUAAGCUAGGCCAGUUAGCUAAGCCUAGCUUAAAGGCUGAGCUUUGUCCUCUUCGUGUAUUUUGGACAAAGCUAAUCUUUGCUGGAUGUAGCUUCAAGAAAAAGGCAAAAACCGCACAGAGAACCAAUCUUUUCCACUGCUUCUUUGCAAACAUGUCAUUAUUUUUGACUACUUAUUCUAAAGAAUAUACAAGUGGUUUUC